CGGGAUGGCCGUAGCUGUGGCGGCGGCUGCAGACGCCCGAGCAGCCGCGGCCGCAGUGGAGGCUGAAGCCCGAGCGGCGUCGGCGGCGGCACCCCGGGGAGUUUAAGAUGGCGGCGGGGGGGGGCGGCGGCGGCAGCGGCGGCGGGCCUGCGGGAGGAGCAGCGUUACGGGCUGUCGUGCGGGCGGCUGGGACAGGACCACAUCACCGUACUGCAUGUGAAGCUCACCGAGACGGCGAUCCGCGCGCUCGAGACCUACCAGAGCCACAAGAAUUUAAUUCCUUUUCGACCUUCAAUUCAAUUCCAAGGGCUCCAAGGGGGAAAAGAGUGCAAAUUCGGAAAGCUCCUCAAGCUGUUUCAGAUGCAGUGCCUGAGAGGAAAAGGUCAACACCCAUGAACCCUGCAAAGAUUCGCAAGACACACGGCAGCAACAGUGUCUCUCAACGGCCGUAUCGGGACAGGGUGAUUCACUUGCUGGCACUGAAGGUUAAGAAACCUGAGCUGCUGGCCCGGCUGCAGAAAGACGGUGUCAAUCAGAAAGACAAGAACUCCCUCGGAGCCGUUCUGCAGCAGGUAGCCAAUCUGAAUCCUAAGGACCUCUCAUACACCUUAAAGGAUUAUGUUUUUAAAGAGCUUCAAAGAGACUGGCCUAGAUACAAUGAAAUAGACAGACGGUCAUUAGAGUCAGUGCUCUCAAGAAAAUUAAACCCAUCUCAGAAUGCUGCCAGCACCAGCCGUUCAGAAUCUCCUGUAUGUUCUAGUAGAGACACUGCAUCUUCUCCUCAGAAACGGCUUUUGGAUUCAGAUUUCAUUGAUCCUUUAAUGAAUAAAAAGGCUCGAAUAUCUCACCUGACAAAUAGAGUGCCGCCAACAUUAAAUGGCCAUUUGAAUCCCACCAGUGAAAAAUCCGCUGCAGGCCUCCCGCCGCCCCCUGCAGCCGCUGCCAUCCCUACUCCUCCACCGCUGCCUUCAACCCACCUGCCUGUCUCCAACCCGCCUCAGACUGUAAAUUCUAACUCCAAUUCCCCUAGCACUCCAGAAGGCCGGGGAACUCAAGACCUACCUGUUGACAGUUUUAGUCAAGAUGGUAGUAUCUAUGAGGACCAGCAAGACAAAUAUACCUCUAGGACUUCUCUGGAAACCUUACCCCCUGGUUCAGUUCUACUAAAGUGUCCAAAGCCUAUGGAAGAAAACCAUUCGUCUCACAAAAAGUCCAAGAAGAAGUCUAAAAAACACAAGGAAAAGGACCAAAUAAAAAAUCACGACAUUGAGAUGAUUGAGGAAAAGGAAGAGGACCUUAAAAGAGAAGAGGAAAUUGCCAAGCUGAACGACUCCAAUCCGGAUUCCAAUGAAGGAGUUAAAGAGGAUUGCACCGCCUCCACGGAGCCUUCUUCAACAAUUGAACUCCCAGAUUAUUUGAUAAAAUAUAUUGCCAUCGUCUCCUACGAGCAACGCCAGAAUUACAAGGAUGACUUCAACGCUGAGUAUGAUGAAUAUAGGGCCUUGCAUGCCAGGAUGGAGACUGUGGCUAGAAGAUUUAUCAAACUGGAUGCACAGCGAAAGCGCCUUUCUCCAGGCUCAAAAGAGUAUCAGAAUGUUCAUGAAGAAGUCUUACAAGAAUAUCAGAAGAUAAAGCAGUCUAGUCCCAAUUACCACGAAGAAAAAUACAGAUGCGAGUAUCUUCAUAACAAGCUAGCUCACAUCAAGAGACUAAUAGGUGAAUUUGACCAACAGCAAGCAGAGUCAUGGCACUAGAGCUCUGCUUGGACCAGAAGAUGUGAAUAAACUUAAGCUUAUUUAUUUAAAAUUCCAAAUGAGUUGCUCUCAAAAUUCUAAAAAAUGAAACUUUGCCUGUUGAAAGUUUCAGUAUUAGUAAACUUGAGUUAUCUUUUUUUUUUUUCUCUUGUUUUCCCAUUUACUUUGCUUCCUUGCAUUUUUGAAGCUGCUUUUUCUGGUCCUUUCUUCCCCUUUAAGACUUGUGUUUGUCAAUAGAAAUAAUUUUUUUUAGAUAUUGGGGAUCCAGUGUCUGUACUUCAAAUCAAACUUUUUUCCUUAAAAACUGUGUUUGUCAUUAGAAAUGAUUUUUUUUUUUAUUUAAGAUAUUGGGGAUCCAGUGUCCACACUUCAAAGUUACGUAUGUUUAAAAAAAAAAAAAAAAGCAGUAACAUGCAAGGUGAAAUGCUUUUGGAUAAACAUAAGCCUAUUUUCUGACCUUUCUUAAUGCGAACUCUUUGCCUUAAAUGGUAGAACAUUUAGAAAUUUGCACAAAAUA